GCUGAAAGACGGGUUGAUCAAACCGUAGGCGCCAUGAUCAUCAGUUGCACUGCCUUCCGGCGGAGAAAAUAAAUAUGCCAUGAUUUCUCUCUUGAUCAUCCCACCAGACCACAACUUGAGAAACACGUAAACACCACUACACCACAGUCUGAAUUACAUUUCCACAACUCUCGACAUCCUAUUGAGGCUAAACCUUCUAGUAGCUCCAAAAUGCGACCCCCAACGAUCGUUACCUCCUUCAUCUCGCUUCAACCUCUCGAACCCGUUCUCGUCUUCAACGCCGCUGACGACGCCGCCUACUUCCAAACGCACUGCCGCCAGGGCCGUAUUCUCUAUGACCAGAAUCCCCGCUGGGUCUUCCUUCCCAUGCCGGAAGGCCUGUUGCGAGUGAGGACGGCGAGAUUUGGGGACGUGUGCUAUGAGUUUGACAGCCAUAGACAUGCAUCGCAGUUCAACGAGAGUAUCAAAGGGCUGGGGAGGAUCCUUCAAAAUACGAGGGAGAAACCAGUCUGGGAUCGUAGCGUGUAUGUGGGGAAAUCAACAAAGUGAAAGAUACAGUGACCAUGUGGAAAGUGCAAACGAGGGACUGAUCAGGAAUUACCUUGAGAUAACGGAAGGGGAUACCAGGUAUCUUGCUUGGUGAAUGAACUUUAACCAAUUGUGCGAGUUGCUGGAAUGUUUGCACGCUACGAUUUUCGUCUCUUUUAGCUAGGGUAGGAUCCGUGCCUUGGGAUUUGGCGACUUCUUCGUGUGUUGCACUGUGUCCAUAUUGACUAUGACUCUCUACGUGCGUUGGAGCACUCCCGGAAACUGCGGUACGCUCGCGUUGUUGUCUCGUUCACAUCAUGCACAUCACCUCCGUCGUCACACUCUCGCACUUUCACUGUUAGUUACUGCUAUCACUUUACAAACAUCGUCAAAAUGCCAGACUUUACGGUUCAAG